GUAUUUUUUUAUUAUGUCUAACGCAUUUAUCUGAUUUUACUGUUCACUUUGGAUAGAUCUCACAUCAACCCCCACGCGUUCCAGGGUUACCUUGCCGAUUGCACUAUUCAGGACAAGAUCACUUUUCUGAGUGCGAGCCUUGCUGAUAAACACCAAGAUGUGGCAGAGUGUCUCAUGGAUCACACCAUAGAGUCAUAUGUCGGAAUGCGUCUCGAGACCGCCCAGGGAGAGAUUAUGGGCGUCAUCGGAAUUAUCCACGACAGGCCUCUUACACAAGAGGAUGGCUCAAUUGUGAAGGCUGUCUUGGGCCAGAUUGGGGCCCGUGUGGCGAACGAGCUGGAUCGUCUGCGGAUCGAAACAAACCUCAUCUACGCAAGGGAUGUUGCCGAGUCGACGGCUAAGAACAAAACCAAAUUCCUGGCGGACAUGUCCCAUGAGAUCAGGAACCCAAUGAAUGCUGUUGUGGGAGUAACCGAUAUUCUUUUGGACACAGCUGGUCUCUCCGACGAGCAAGCUGGUUAUAUCGAGGUUAUCCGCACAAGUGGCCAGCACCUAUUGACGGUCAUUAAUGAUAUUUUGGACAUCUCCAGGAUCGACCAGGAUGUAAAGUUUCUGCUGGAAAGAAGGCCCUUGAGCCUGCGCAAGUGUCUGAAAGAUGCUGUGAGCCUUGCGGGACUUACUCCUUUGCACGAUGUCUCGAGGUCCAUUAGCGUAAUUGAAUGGCCUCCCGAGAUGGACGAUCUGGGACCUUUCACCGAGCUAGAGGAGACAAAUAUCUUACCGCUACUCUGGAGCAUCGACCACGAUGUGCCAGAGCAUCUUUUGGGCGAUAUUACCCGUUUGCGACAAGUUCUCAUCAACCUCUGUACCAACUCGCUCAAAUUCACUCGACGUGGCCGCGUCUCGGUUCAUGUCUCGAUCCACAACCCAACAGCUCAGCAUCCGACCAUCCCACCCAACUGCCCGUCGAUAGUCUCUCGCAACUCACCUCAUGGCAGUCAGGCGGGCGAUGUAUCGUCAUUGCCGUCGUCGCCAAUGUUGACGGGGAAUGACCACAGGACACAGAUGGUAUUCCAGCAACGAUAUGAUGUUAAUGUCAAGGCGGAUGGCAACAACGCCGGGACCGCCCAUGCAAAAGUACCGACAGCGACUACACGACGUCGUCCUGCAGACAAGCGCCAUGUGGCUUUGAUGGCUGCUGGUCCCCCAACGAGCCAUGAUCAGAGCUCGUCUUCGUCUACGCCGCCAUCUUUGACUGUGGUGGCACCGACAGCCAAUUCCCUGGAGGGCGACAAACUGGAUGAAAACACAGUGAUUUUGGAGUUUGCGGUCUCUGACACGGGUGUUGGUAUCCCUGCCAAUAAGAUCACGGAGCUGUUCACAUCGUUUUCACAGGUCGACAUAUCUGUGAGCACACGGUUCGGAGGCACGGGAUUGGGAUUGGCCAUCAGUGCCGGCUUGGUGGAAAAGAUGGGCGGAAACAUCUGGGUAGAGAGCACGGAAGGCGUUGGUUCUCGUUUCACCUUCACGAUCCCCUUCACAGUGUGCCAGUCCUCAGAGACGGACUCUCAUCCCUCGGUUACUGCACCUUCAUCGCCUGUUUCUACACAUGAACGAUACGAAUCAGCUAAUCGCGGUAACUUGGACACAUUUACAUUGCCUGCGUCUAUCAACUCGACUUCUGGCUCAACACAGGAAGAAGCAGGAAAAGAGAAGGCCAACGAGAAUGAGAAACAGAAGAGUCGUGCUCAAAUACCAGCUCCAAAAGAAGUUGCACAACCUGCAGGAUCUCCAAAGUCGUCGAUGCCAACGUAUGCCAAAAUGGUGGAGUCGAGUCUGAAGCCCUUGACGAUUAAUGGCAUACCUCUCCGUAUCUUGCUUGCGGAAGACAAUGCUGUCAAUCAAACGAUCGCUGUGGGUGUAUUGAAGAAGCUUGGUUAUGAGAACGUGGACGUCGCCCAGAACGGACUCGAAGUCAUUGACAAGCUGGACAACGGUUCUGUCUACGAUGUUAUUUUGAUGGAUGUCUCUAUGCCGGUCAUGGAUGGCAUCGAUGCAACUAAGACCAUUGUGGAAAGGCGGAGACGCGGGCUGCUUGCAGCCGCAGAGAGUUUGGCACAGACACAGACUGACAAAUUGGACCCCGACAACAAGGGUGCUUCUGCAACUUUGGCCACUCCUCCGACUGAUACAACAGCUGUUUCUUCGAUCUACAAGGAUUACUUGAAUCUAUAUGUGAUUGCGCUCACGGCCUCUGCGAUGGGCUCGGACAAGGAGCGCUGCAUGGAGGCAGGAAUGGAUGAUUUCAUGACGAAGCCAUUCGCCCUGCUGGAGAUGAAGCGUGUCUUGAACGGAUAUGUCAGUAAUUGGAACAGCGGCGCACUUCGGGCAAGGAACGAGGCGUGCUUGUCAGCAGCCCUUGCACUCAGGAAUCAAUGCCACUCGCCCAAUUGCCAGAGCGCCCUCUCCUCUCUAAAUAGUCACUCGUUGACACCGACCCUUGGCAGAUCGUGCAGUGCUACGUCGUCGAAUGCCAGUCUAGUCGACUCUGGCGCUGGUGAGUGUGCGGGAUGUGGUCAAGUGCUGUCCACGAAUGACGGUAACUCUACUGAUGGGACUUCAGGGAUUUUAUCCGCGUCCCCUACCUCUCCUCAGAGCCGCACCUGUCGCAUGGAAACACCUCGACCUCUUCGAAGGAACCUGGAGGGCCUUGGAUGUGGUCUGUUCACGGCAGGAAGGCGAUCUCAGAGCGAGAUUUUGAUCAGUGGACAGACGAGCGGAUCAGCACUUCUGGGACCGAUGGCUUUGGAGACCCCGAGCCUGCCGCGUCGUGCAUCGGAUGCGUUUUCGUUUGUGAAGCGCGAUUGGCGCUCGGGUUUAGGCACAAACAGCGAGCAGAGUAGCGGCAAUGGCGUCCACGACGUCCAUCCACUCGAUACCAGCCAUAGUGACCAAAAUCCUGAUCCGGAACAUGGUCACCACAGCAACAGUGCUUUCCAGCCAUCGCACUUGCGGGUGAAGAGAGUUAUGUCCCCGAGCAAUUUGUCCAAGGAGUACGACACUAGUGACUGCAAGCCUAUGGCAUCCCCGCUCUCGCCGCUCAGUCUCUUGACCACGGACACAGAAGGAUCGUCCUCUGUCUCGCCUCCACUGUCUUCAUCUUCAACUUCAUCUUUGACAGAGACGCAGGCGCGUUCAGACGAAAUGUUACUAGGCUCAGGACGGUUUAGUUUGGAUUCGUCGGAUGCGGCUUCCACGAAGGAUGCAGACUCGACAUCCAAGGUGGAUAUGGCCCAUGAGACGCAGCCUUCGCUUGCGGUUGCAUGACUACAUGGACGAAAAGUGCUGGCGUGUCUUUGUCUUUGUGGUAUCGUCCUCUGCUCGCUGUACAUCUACGGAUAUUGAAAAUCGACGUGAUGUUUUUAUGCUUUAUUCUUUUUUUUCUACCUGGCAAUUAUCUUCCUUGCAUCUUUCCUCUUUCCUGUUGCAAUUCAGCCGUGCUGAUAAGCAAGCCUGUUAUUCGUUCCGAGUCCUUUUUCCCUCCUUACAUAUGCA